AGCGGUGCGAAGUGGUGAACACACCCGCUCCCGAACGCACCUAGGUAGUAUAGUUCACUUUGGCUGUCAAAAAAUGACCGAAGUCACACGGAAGAAAACUUUUUUGGGUUUUGAUUUUAGUACACAGAGGCUCAAGGCACUAGUAAUAGAUGAGGAGUAUGGAAUAUUGCAAGAGGCCGAUGUUGAAUUUGAUGUUGAUCUUCCAGAGUUCAGGACUGCCGGUGGGGUGCGGCGAGGGGAGCAGGGUGAGGUGACGGCACCACCACUAUUAUGGGUCAAGGCCCUUGACAUGGUGAUGGACAGGCUCAUAGUUGCCGGAGUAGACUUCUCCACUGUUGAAGCACUGUCUGGUGCUGCACAGCAACAUGGCUCAGUAUGGUGGUCCAAAGAUGGUGAAGCCCGUCUCUCGAAACUGUCUUCCGAUGAGUUCCUGCACACGCAACUAGCCACUGCCUUUGUGGCUGACUCACCGGUCUGGAUGGAUUCCAGUACUGCAGUAGACUGCAGAGCACUAGAGGAGGCUGUUGGAGGUUCAGAGGUGCUCGCCAAAAUCACAGGUUCCACCGCCUACGAGCGUUUCACAGGCUCUCAGAUCCGUAAAAUGUUCCGCACGAAGCCCAGGGUAUACCAGGCGGCUUCGAGAAUAUCCCUAGUGUCUUCAUUCGCUUGUAGCUUGUUCCUGGGACGGAUAGCUGAGAUUGACCUGUCUGAUGGCUCCGGGAUGAAUCUGCUUGAUGUCCAUAGCAAGAGCUGGAGUGAAGAGUGCCUUAAGGCCUGCGGCGAUGAAACACUAGCAGACAAACUGGGUACUCCAGUACCCACGGCGAGCGUGCUAGGCACCAUCGCGCCGUACUUCGUGGAGCGAUACGGGUUCAAACCCGACUGCCAAGUGGUCGCGUUCACGGGCGACAACAACUCCGCUCUCGCGGGUCUCCGCCUCCGGCCUGGCUGGGUAGGCCUCAGCCUCGGCACAUCAGACACAAUCCUCCUCGGCCUCGACCAAGCGCAGGCCCCUCCCGCGGGACACGUCCUUGUGGGGCCAGCCGAGGCCCCUUACAUGGCCUUACUGUGUUUCGCCAAUGGGUCACUCACUAGGCAGAAUCAUAGGGAUAGGCUGGCUGGAUCUAGUUGGGACGCUUUCAAUGACCUUCUGAGAGCUACGGUUAGAGGAAAUAUGGGGUAUAUGGGUAUCUACUACGACACGGCAGAGAUCGUCCCGCGCUGCGCCCCGGGCCGUUGGCUGGUGGAAAGUGCCGGGCGCGCGGUGUCGGCCCCGGCGCCGCAGUUCGAGGCGCGCGCUCUGCUCGAGGGACAGGCGUUAGCGCGGCGAGCUCAUGCCGAGGAUAUGGGCUUCCAUUUAGACGAGAACUCCCGUUUGAUCGCCACGGGAGGUGCUAGUGUAAACAAGGAGCUGCUACAAAUUUUCGCCGACGUGUUCAACACGCCCGUCUAUGUUCAGAAGCAGCACGCGAAUGCCGCUCUCCUGGGAGCCGCUACUCGCGCCGCCGAAGUCUGGAGCGCUAACACGGGAGUCUCUCUUCCUGGUUCGGAACCCACGGUAGCCCCGGUAGCCACUCCAUACCCCGAUGCGGAGAAAAUCUACACGCCCAUGCUCGCCCGGUACCGCAAGAUGCUCGAAGACAUUCCUAAACUACAGUAACCGCUUACUUACACCUCACACCGUAU